AUUGUGUGUUGCCUGCCAGCCUGCUGGGCCCUUUUUCCCCCCUUACCGUCGGCUUGCUUAAUUCAGCAUCAGGAGAUCUCUGCCAAACUCAAGAGAACCCUUGUUUAGAGUCUUCUGACCUCUCUAGGAUUGGCCUGUUUGGACGGUCAUGUUGUAGUGCCACUUGUGCUCACACACCCCCUCCCCUACUCCGUGUAGUGACCGUGAUUCACAGUGGACCAUUCGGGACCAUUCACAGACCGGCUGUUGUCAAGCUCUGAGGAAGAUUGGAAAUGAUUCAUACACCAAUCAACUGAGCCGUUACCUUGUGCGACCGGCCGGCCAGUAAGGAGUGAAUCGCUACAGCUCCAUUUUCCCCACCCCCUCCACAUGCUGUUCAAUGCUAGGGAGUUACAACUCGCAAGUUCAACCACCGGAGUUUUCAUCGACCACAUUCAGCGAGAAACCGAAAUAUUCCUCAGAGGGCGUAAAACUGAAUCAGGACUAGUCAGAGAGUGAGAGCAAGCCGGCCUGAGUCGUUGGUGUUCGUAAGUCGUCGCGUGGGCUUCGUGUGACCAGAUGCUUCUUGAGUAUAGCAGUGGGAGGGUGCAUGUACGGAGACUUGCGGGAUACUUUGACAGACAGCAUCAGGCUGCUAACAUGCAGACAAGGCACUGGGGACAAUUAUCUGGCGGAAUGGCCUCAGUGACCGAAGUCAGCAGUGAUCUGGAGGAGGAAGCAUCCAUCACAAGUCUCAAUGUGAACCAGAGUGGAAAUAGCAGCACCACUCUGUCGACCGCCUCCACGGUUGCACUCAGCGUUGCAUUAACUGGAUUAAAUGUUCCCUCCACUGAUGUGGCUGGGGGAUCGUCUUUAGCUCCUGUCUCCCCUUCCUUCAAGAAUAACCGGGGAUCAACUACCCCCUCCUACGAUGGAGAUCUGGAUAUUGUGCCACGCCCUAAACUAACCACCAAGCAUCGCUACAGUGAUCUCAACAGGUCCAAGAGUGUAGACAGCUCGGACAGUAGUGAGCCUGAGGUGUUGGUGUUUACCGAGCCGCCCAACCGCAAACUCUUCUGUCUUCUCUGCAAGAAUGUCUUCAAGGAUCCAGUCAUCACACAGUGCGGUCACACCUACUGUCGGUAUUGUGUGACGUCCAGGCAAUAUGACACAUGCCCAGUGGAUGAAAUGAAACUUGCCGUAGUGGUCAACAACAUAGCAGUCAGUGAGCAGAUUGGAGAGUUGUACAUUCACUGUCGUAACGGCUGUAAGCCCUCUGGGACCGGCAUUCAGGAUGAAUACGUAGUGGAUCCAGAUGGGUGCCCAUGCACGAUACGGGUCAACGAACGCAGGGAGCAUGAGAUGGAAUGUAGCUACGCGCCAGUCCAGUGCCCAAACAAUCCAGACUGCCCCAAGAUCCUGAAAAUGAAUCUGGAAGCUCAUCUUCAGAAUUGUAACCUGUGCAAGUGUGACCACCACAAGUUUGGCUGCCCGUUUGUCGGCACCCAGGAAGAAGUCUCAGACCACCGAGAAGACUGUAGUUACGAGGGAAUCAAAGACUACUUACAGACCUCCUCAGAGAAGAUGCGAGAACUCCAAGCAACCAUUGUCCAGAAGGACCAGGAGAUUGGCUUCUUACGCUCCAUGUUGGGCAAGCUCAGCGAGAGGGUCGACAGGUUGGAAAAAUCCAUGGAGCUCAAAAUUAACUACCUAGAUGAGAACAUGAGUCGCAUGGAGAAGUCGCUUGUGGAACUGGACGAGCAGAACCGCAGCAUGUCGGACGAGUUGAUGGAUAACAGAAGGAACUACUCAAUGCUCAACUCUGAGCUGUCCAUGAUUAACGCUCGACUCAACUCGGGUGCCGCAGGAGUUUAUGAUCCACAACAAGUCUUCAAAUGCAAGGGAACGUUCGUUGGACAUCAGGGCCCCGUAUGGUGCUUAUGUGUAUACGGCGACUACCUCUUCAGUGGUUCCUCUGAUAAGACCAUCAAAGUCUGGGACACCUGCACUAGUUACACCUGUCAGAAGACGUUAGAGGGACACAAUGGCAUCGUGCUGGCACUAUGCACUCACGGAAACCGAUUAUUCAGCGGGUCUGCAGACUGCACAGUUAUUGUGUGGAAUAUUGACACAUUAGAACAGGAGAAGAUGAUACAGGCUCACGAGAACCCAGUCUGCACGUUGGUUGCGGCUAACAACAUGCUGUUCAGUGGCUCACUGAAAGUCAUUAAGGUGUGGGACGUGCACUCACAUGAGCUGAAACGGGAACUGACCGGACUAAACCACUGGGUUAGGGCACUGGUCGCCAACGGCAACUACCUCUACAGUGGUUCCUACCAGACGAUUAAGGUGUGGGACAUGAGCACGUUGGAGAUCGUACACAGCUUACAGACAUCUGGAGGCAGUGUGUACUCCAUCGCCGUCACCAACCACCACAUCAUCGCUGGAACUUACGAGAACUGCAUACACGUCUGGGACAAAGCCUCCUACGAGCAAGUUGAGACUCUGACAGGCCACGUGGGCACUGUCUAUGCCUUAGCAGUCAUCAGCGCUCCAGGAACUACCAGAGUCUUCAGUGCAUCCUAUGACAGAUCACUCAGGGUGUGGAACAUGGAGAACAUGAUUUGUACACAGACGCUUUUGAGGCACCAGGGCAGCGUGGCUUGCUUGGCUGUCUCUAGAGGGCGCUUGUUCUCGGGCGCAGUGGACAGUACAGUCAAGGUAUGGCAGUAAGCCUGGAGUCCAGUCAAUUCUGCAUACAAUGCAGCAGCAUCAGAACAGGAAGCUCAUUAGACUUCAUGUGGAUUAGCUGUGCGUAUGACAGAAGACGAAGGACUAGGCCAGGCUAUACACACCAGACUGUAUUGUUUUCCCACCAACGGUACAUGAACCCUUCUGCACCAUAUUCGUGGAGAGUUACUCAACAGAAAAAACAAUCAUUAGAGAUUCAGCAGUUCUACAUAAUAAACAGCAACUGAAAUUUUGGCUGAAAACUAUUUCUACUGAGCUUUUUUAUUCUUCAGCCAAGUAUUUUUUUCUGUGAAGUAAAUUUCGGAGCUUAGCGUCUCACGAGGUCUGGUUCCUUGUUGCAUUUCCUGACAACAGAGGCAACCUUGCAAAUUAGAGUGUUGUUUACAAAAUGACAUUGUGGAUAUUUUUAUUUGGGGGAUUUUGAAGAGAGGUAAUAAGUGACAUUUGUUGAUGCCGUUUCUACAAGGAAGCCAUUGGUAUUUAAGAAGUGUGACUCAAUAGUUUUAAAGAAGAGUUUUAGAGAAGUGAAUUGUUUCAUUUAGCAUGGUUCUACAUUUUGAUAGAGACUGCAAACUUUCAAAAAGAAAUUUCCGAGUUCAGAUCUUGCCGAGCCAGAUGAGCUUGAUGUUUUUCUGAAGCAAAGUUAUUAGGUUAAUGAUGAAACUUAAAAAAAGAAAAAUGUAAUAAAAAAAAAAUUGUUUUCAGAGGCUUCUUGAAGAUACAGCACCUGUUUGAUCUCCAGCACUUGAUCUAAAUUAUCGUUGCUUAUUGUCAUGAUUAUACUCAGUUGUCUUUAAAACAAGAUGAAUAUUUUAAGAAUUAGAAUAAUGUAGUUUGUACAUACUCCCGUGGACUGAAGUGCAGGGUCCUUUGAUGAUAUAUACUUACAUCAUGAUGAGGUUAGCGCCAAGCAUUUUCAUUUUUGAGACACUUUUUAAGAGAGUUUUUUAAGGCUGUCAUAGAUGCUUUUUUAGUCUUGCAUCAACAACUGAGUUGUCGUUGGAUAUACUUGUUUCCAGACGGUCAGUUGUUUUUGCUUUUAUAGGUCACAUUCCUGAAUUUUAAUUUAAAAAUGUAACAACACACUAGAAACAUAAUUUGUUUAUUCAGUUGGUUGAUGCAUUAAUGUGUUGUUACCUCUCAAAAUAUUUGAUAGUGUCACCUAGUGUGUGCAACUAAAAUACUGAUUAUGGUUGAUCUUUUGUCCACAAAAAGUCUGGUUUUUAGGUUGCAGGAUUUGUUGAGAAAAAUAAUUUUAAUUUUUCCGAGCUCAGUUUGUUGGCCCUUAAGUGUGACCGUAGGAAACAAUACAAACUACAGAGGUUGCCCCAUAUAAUGCCAACAUCUUGGAAAUAAAUAAACACAUAACAUUGAGUUGAAUCAAAAACUACAAGUUGAAAAACUGCAUGUACAGAUGUAGAGAAGAAACAGUCAAAUGAGACUGACAUUGCAGGACUAGGUGGCAUUAUACGUGUAUUUUGUCUUCUUUGUUUUUAGUUGUGACACACAUUUUUAUGUCGUCAUGAAAAAGACAAUAAUUAUGUUGUUGAUAUCGUAGCAGUAGAGUAUUUUCACAAAUAUAUACUUUGUUACUUUUGUUUCUUGAGUAUAUAGGAUUCUCUUAUAAAACUAACUACAAAUUUCAUUGUAGUUGUGUCCUUUAAAACUCACAAAAGUAAAUUGACUCAGAGCUAUUGCUUCUUACUUAGGAAGCUAAUUUUCAUGUGAAUUUGUUGUACUUUUAAUCCACUUUCUAUUAAUUUGUUAUGAAUUUUCUUUUUGCCUCAACGUUGGGGGUUUACUAUUCCACCAUGAUUUUUGUUUUAAUGUGAUUAACAUCCAUUGGUGAAUUGAGUUUGUACCUGUAACUUGCUUCCCAAACUGGUGAGAUUGCAAAUAAAGUGGGGAGCUUUAAUAAGAGCUUUAAAAAAAUGCUUAAUUUCUGUUUAUUUUUAAUAUUCGAAGAAAUAAGGCUAUUAACAGUUUAAAUUCCAUAGUAGAGUAUGCCAACAGUUUUAGAUUUCUCGUUUUCUUUUAUCACAGUGAACAUAUCACUAGUAGUCUUGUCAAUUAUUCUUCAAAAUAAAAAUUAGUCCCUUUUUAAUUUAAAUAAUUUACUUUUUGACUUGGCCACGCUUUGAUGACUGAUGUAUUGGAUCCUACAACUAAAGACGUAAUGUACAGAUAUCCCACUGAUAUAGAAGUACAUGUAAUAUUAAUUAGCGAAAUUGUAACAAAACAAAAGAUGUUUAUAUGAUGAAGUACCCAAGCAGUGCUGACUACACUGCUAAUUACUGGCAGAGUAACAGGUCAGUUUUUGAAAAAUAUAGUCGCUGACAAAUUACAAAUAUUUUCUGUAUUAUCUAUUUUCACAUCAUAUUUAAUAAAAACAAAAAGUCGUUUUUUAGUGCUUCAUAUAUCUUUAAUCAUUUGGUGUUAUGUCUUAUAAGUUAUCACGCAGAAUGUCAUAAUGUAGAUACGUGUAAUAUCAGAAAAUGUUAUUUUGAAGAGAUAAUACUUUUAAUCAGCUUUCUGACAAUAAAUUAUUGAAAAGA